CUCCCUCCCUUCGGCUUGGUCUGCGGCGGCUGCUUUCCUCCCGCCCUAAGUUCCGGUGCUGGUGCUGCCGGCGCGGUCCGCGAACACCCACGCGCGGCUCGCGGGAGCCCCGCUCGCCACCAGAACCUUUCGAUCGCCGGUGGGCGAGUGCCCGCUGUUUUCCUGCGGCGAGGAGCUAGGCGGAGGCCGUUCCAGACCCUCCGGCCCAGCGCGGGCAGGCGUGCACAUCGCUCGCCAUCCGGGGCGCGCGCGGGCCUCUCGAGACCCCAGCGGCGACCCGUAGCUCGGGCGCGCGCCUGUCGCAGCCCGCAGGAAGGAGGCGGCCUGAGGCCCGGGGCGGCGGCCGCCAUGGAGAUCCCCUCGGCCCAGGGCCGGUGCCUGGGGCCUCGGGGGCGGCCCUGACCGUCCUUCUCCCCGCCCGGGCCGGGUCCCACUUGUGCCUCCGGCGGUGCUCGGCCACCUCUGCGUCUCCGCCCUCGCUGGGUCGCGCUGCUGCCUGGACACGGCGGCGGCGCCCUGUUGAAUGGGCUGUGAGGGCCCGGGUCUGAAGUGCUGGUGGACGCGGCCUCCGGGGGCGCAAGGCAGCAGCAGCGGUGGCGACCAAACGGGUGUUGGAGUUGGCGGCGGCCAUGGAGGGCCUGGCUGGCUAUGUGUACAAGGCGGCCAGCGAGGGCAAGGUGCUCACUCUGGCUGCCUUGCUCCUUAACCGGUCAGAGAGCGAUAUCCGCUACCUGCUGGGCUAUGUCAGUCAGCAGGGAGGACAGCGCUCCACACCCCUCAUCAUCGCAGCCCGCAAUGGGCACGCCAAGGUGGUUCGCUUGCUGUUAGAACACUACCGUGUGCAGACCCAGCAGACCGGCACCGUCCGCUUCGACGGGUAUGUCAUUGACGGUGCCACUGCUCUUUGGUGUGCUGCGGGAGCCGGACAUUUUGAAGUUGUUAAACUUCUAGUCAGCCAUGGAGCCAACGUGAACCACACCACAGUCACUAACUCAACUCCAUUGCGGGCAGCAUGCUUUGAUGGCAGACUGGACAUUGUGAAAUAUUUGGUUGAAAAUAAUGCCAAUAUCAGCAUUGCCAACAAGUAUGACAACACCUGCCUAAUGAUCGCAGCAUAUAAAGGGCACACUGAUGUGGUCAGAUACCUCUUAGAACAACGUGCUGAUCCCAAUGCUAAAGCACACUGUGGAGCCACAGCUUUGCACUUUGCAGCCGAAGCUGGUCACAUUGACAUUGUGAAAGAACUGAUAAAAUGGAGAGCUGCAAUAGUGGUGAAUGGCCAUGGGAUGACACCGUUGAAGGUGGCCGCUGAAAGCUGUAAAGCUGAUGUCGUUGAACUGUUGCUUUCUCAUGCUGAUUGUGACCGCAGAAGUCGGAUUGAAGCCUUGGAGCUCUUGGGUGCCUCCUUUGCAAAUGACCGUGAGAACUAUGACAUCAUGAAGACAUACCACUAUUUAUAUUUAGCUAUGUUGGAGAGAUUUCAGGAUGGUGACAACAUUCUUGAAAAAGAGGUUCUCCCACCCAUCCAUGCUUAUGGGAACAGAACUGAGUGUAGGAACCCACAGGAAUUGGAGGCUAUUCGGCAAGACAGAGAUGCUCUUCACAUGGAGGGCCUUAUAGUUCGGGAACGGAUUUUAGGUGCUGACAACAUUGAUGUUUCCCACCCCAUCAUUUACAGAGGGGCUGUCUAUGCUGAUAACAUGGAGUUCGAGCAGUGCAUCAAAUUGUGGCUCCACGCACUACACCUGAGGCAGAAAGGUAACAGGAAUACCCACAAGGAUCUGCUUCGGUUUGCUCAAGUCUUCUCUCAGAUGAUACACCUCAAUGAAGCUGUGAAGGCCCCAGACAUAGAGUGCGUUUUGAGAUGCAGCGUCUUGGAAAUAGAGCAGAGCAUGAACAGAGUUAAAAAUAUCUCCGAUGCCGACGUCCACAGUGCCAUGGAUAACUAUGAGUGUAACCUCUAUACCUUUCUGUACCUCGUGUGCAUCUCCACCAAGACACAGUGCAGCGAAGAAGAUCAGUGCAGAAUUAACAAGCAGAUCUACAACCUGAUUCACCUGGACCCCAGAACACGGGAAGGUUUUUCCUUGCUACACCUGGCUGUCAACUCGAACACACCAGUUGAUGAUUUCCAUACUAACGAUGUCUGCAGCUUUCCCAACGCUCUGGUCACAAAGCUCCUGCUGGACUGUGGCGCUGAGGUAAAUGCAGUGGACAAUGAGGGGAACAGUGCCCUCCACAUUAUCGUCCAGUACAACAGGCCCAUCAGUGAUUUUCUGACCUUGCACUCCAUCAUCAUCAGCCUUGUGGAGGCUGGAGCUCACACCGACAUGACAAACAAGCAGAAUAAAACUCCGCUAGACAAAAGUACAACUGGGGUGUCUGAAAUACUACUUAAAACUCAGAUGAAGAUGAGCCUCAAGUGCCUGGCUGCCCGAGCAGUUCGGGCUAAUGACAUUAACUACCAAGACCAGAUCCCCCGGACUCUUGAAGAGUUUGUUGGAUUUCAUUAAGUGACUGGAUGUGUAAAAUCGUUUAAUGUGGUGCUAAAAAGUAAAGGACUUUAAUCACAGACAAUAGAAUUCUGUGUUUGUAAAUUCUUCUUUUCUUUCCACUAUCCUUUCAGCCCAUCGUCCUUGGUUCCGUGUGCCUCUUUUUCUCACAUGGUAUUGAGUUCAGCACACUAAACAGAGCAGCGCUGUUCAGGUGUAACUGGAAGGUGUAUGGACAUUUGUUUGUUUCUUUUUCUUUUUCUUUUUUUAAAAGAAUGAAUGUAAGCUUUUUGUGUAAUGGGGCAUUUGUGAUUUAAAAUUGAUGAUGUUUUAAACAGCUGCCUACAAAAGUAUUUCUGUUAAGUUGAUGUCAGCAUGUCAUCUGUGCAGCAGUUUUGAGGAUUUCAUGAAGAAAAUGAACUAAAAAGGAACACUGGGAGCAAUGGGAGAUGCUCAAGCCCUGCAUGGAUGGUUCUCACUUCACUGUGUGUGUGCAGUGAUACAGCACAUUUUACAUCAGGAGGACUUGAAACACUUAGCUACUGAUUAAUAAUCUGAAAAUUAUGUGCAGUUAUUGUUGGAAAGUUGAAUUCCUGAAAAUCAUUGUGUUCUGUUAGUGUCUUCUAACUGGUGAUCUUAGCCCAACCUUGCGGACAUUGCUAGAUUCCACCCUUAGGCUUGAAUUCUUCUGGUCUCUGAUGUAAUGAUGAAUCUAAAUUGCAUUUAUGCAUUUGAUUUGGCUCACAGACCUAAGUAAGGAGCACACUGUAUUAUGAAACAUUGUCACAGUAUAGCUAGACAUUGUACUUCGUCCUUUUCUAGCCCUGUCCUUGUGUGUUGUAUCUUUAAAAAUUGGAAACUGCCUUUCCAUAGGGCAUUUGUGUCUCCCUAAUUAGGUAUAAGAUGAAAAGGAAUGAGGACACACGUGUGAUGUUUUUACUUAGUCCAUUGUAAGAUGUAGGAAAACCAGGAGUAAGGUAUAGGAAAUGAAGUAUUUGAUGAGGAAAAUGAUUCUCAGUGCCACACAAAAGGUGUAUCUCAGAGCUGUAGACUUUUCUACCACAGAAUGUGGUACUGAGGUCUUUGGGUUUUUGCUUUUUUUUUUUUUUUUUUUUUAAAUCAAGCAACAUUUCAACUCUUAAGAGUAUUCUGUGAUUUUUUUUUUUUUUCUCUUAAGCAUCACAGAAAUUCAAGUUGAAGGAACAACAGUGUCUGCUGAUGCUAGGGAUGAGAAUGAAAGUGAAACUAGUUCCUGUAACUUCCUCUAGUGCCAAAUGAAUGCUGCCUAAGCUACCCCUAGUGCAUGGUACCGUUCCUGGAGACACCCACAGCUUUGUGUUUUCCUUUAGUGAAAAGCAUUGUCAUGAUACAACAUCAGAUAUAAACUUUAAACAACCUGUAAGAGUUCACAAAUACUUUACCUGUGGAUAUUGCUUUUAAAACAUAGGAGAAUGGUUGCAGUUGGAGUAGUACAAAGUAACCAAGCCAAAAUCAGCACCUAGGGCCUUAAACAGAUACCCCAUAAAGUGAAAUACCAGGAGAGGGCAGGAAAGGAGACCUAAAGUGUCCUGCUCCAAGGGUGCAAGAUGCAGUUGCUGUAGUUGUGCUUCGUGUGUGUCCUUGUGUUAGUUAUUUUCCUAACUUGAGAGUUUACAUGGAAGACUUUUUUUCUGAUGGCUUAAAGGGAGGUGUUGGAAUGCCCUAAUUUGGGAACUUCUGACCUAGACCCUCUUGGUGUGACUUAAGGCGAUAUUGAUUCACCUUGCUCUGGCAGCUCUCAGUGACCUGGAAGAGGUGACACACUGCACAAGGUGAGUCAGCCCUGCCUCUUCUCAGGCUCAGGUCAGGUCUUUCCUUUACGGACACUAAGGCCCAUUGAGGACAGUGAGGAAUAGCUGUGAAACUUAGUAUUCAGUUGGUUCCAUUUUUUAAUGUAUAUGAUUUUUAAGCACCCAAACUUAAAGUAUCUAUCAGAUAAUACUGCAUGUUUUAAAAACAUUCUUCCUCCUUCACUACCCAGGACCAACACUGUUCUAAGACAUUAUUUAUAUAUGAGGAUAAUAAUAAUAUACAUAUUCAGAUGUAGAAUUACAGGACAGCUUUUGAAGGAGGGAAGACAGUGCUGAGGAGGGUGGAGGGAAUGGAACGGGGCCUGUGGUGGACUAACUAGAUUUGUUUAGUUGUGUAGUUGCACACUAUGCACUCUUGCUGAGGGUCUAAUUCUGUCUGUACCAUCACUCCAGAUUUGCAUUGUGGAACACCUGUAUAAAUCCAUUAUAGGAGCAAGUGUCCUCAUGCCUGGCCUUCCCGUUAUUUGUUUUUGGUAAAAUUCUUUGAAAGUAUGCUCAGCCAAAUGUUCCAUGAACUUUUGUUUUUAAAGAAAAAUAGGUGUGAAAGGUGAUAGCAUUGUAGCUAGCUCACUAGGCUGUCAUGUGUUGCAGCCAUGUCUGUCAUUUGAUGUUUGUUAUUGGUAGAAUCAUGCUUUGAAUUGUAACCCUUCCUUGAUAGUGUUAGUGAUUUCCCCAGAACAUGUCACUUGUGUAAAUUGUCACAUAAAUUUGCAUGAGCCAGGAGUGCAGGAGGGUGCUUUUCACUUUUCAUGCAGUUAGGAAUUAAAACCUUACACUUCAGUGACUGACCCCAGGCUGGGCAGCAAAGCUAUCUAUCCGUCCUCUGUGGAAGGAGAAGGGGUAGCUGACUCUGACACUCUGGCUUUUUCCAGUCCACUCUUGAUUAUAAUCACAGCACAACCACCCAGAGGUUCUUCACUGUGGGAACUUUAAACAUGCAAACCAAAACAACCUGGCCCAUCUGCCAUGCUUUGGUUUUGCUAGUUUCUGAAAGGGGUUUUGAUUUCAUUACACUAAUAGUUGCUAGAUGGUGAUUAUGAAGACUUAGGCAUGAUAGCAUUGUUUGACAUAAACUGUGGUUAAGGGAUUAAAACCUCCCUAAAGCCAACACUUUUAGACAAACAUUUCUGAAAACUCAAGUCCUAGAGAGGAGUUGCUCAUUGUAAUUGAGGCAUCAGGUUAAAAUGAGGUUGCUUUGGAUAAUCCAAGCAGCAGAAUACCCGUGUUCUGGGAAUAUGGAAGCCAAAGGAUGGGUGCUACUUGUACUCUGUUGGCUGAGAAGAAGCCAGUGGCUGAACUUGAGUAGGCGGGUUAAAGUAUCUGUGCCUCGUGACAAUUGUAAAAAUCCAAAGUGUACUUUCUCAGCUACCCAGAUAUCAGUGCACGCAGAAGUGCACCCUUCUCAUGACUUAACUGCAGCAGAAAUAGGGAAGAGUAAAACCCUCAACUCUGCCUUUGGCUCUGAACUGAUUUCAGUCAGAUUCUAAGCUGUGCUCACUCUGAAAGUGCACAGCUCCACUCUGGAUAUCAUCUGACAGCCCCUCCACAUGUACAUACACUGAGGGGCUUCCUUUGAAGUUUCUGGCAAAGCUGUCAGAGAUGGGCCAGGCAUACAGCAGCCCCUUUCUCAAGCCUGGAAUCUGGAACAAAUUCUAUAGUGACAAUGCUGAUCGGUUGACUACUACAAAUGUAAAGUAAAUGUGGUCUUUAGUCCUAGGUUUGUGGAGUGUACCUUUGUGUUAAUGUGUAGGGAAGGGACAGCGGUUUGAUGGUUAUGGGGAGUGCGUCACUGAUAAAUCUGCAGGGCUGAAUACUGCUAAAUUAUAGCUUUACAGCUUUCCUUUAGGGGUGAAUCAUGGGAUGAGUAGCCUCAUCAGAGAAAUGAAGGCAUGAAGAUGCAGGCCUGCCAGGUGAGGACACAGGCAGGCUUUGCACCUAUUUCCUAUCAGGUAUUGUAAAAUGUGUGCAUGGCUUUUUUUGUUGUAGAGGAGAAGAGCUGAGGGGACCUCUCCCUGCAAGCUUUCCUAACCAGUCUUUUCAGACGUACAUAGCUGGGAAGUAAACUCUGGCCUUAACCUACUGGCAGGACCCUGUCCUUUGUAAUAGUCACCACACCCUGCAGUCCUUGGUGCAGAGGAGCUACAUAGUUGUAGUCUAGUAAUUCACCGUGGUUUACCGCGAGCCCGUGACGUCAUUCUAUCGUGCGCUCUUGUCAAGCCAUUUAUGUGACUUUAAUAAGCUUAGUAACUUUGCUGACUGCACCGGGGCCUAUCAGUGACUUAUAUAUUGCAUGAUGUCUUCAACUUGAGUUUGACAUGUAGAAUCACCUUUGAGUUCAUGGCAAUUGACAGUCCUAAUGGCUCAGCUAAUUUGAAACUAACAACUUUGCUGUGUAAAAGGAAAAAUGGUGUUGUGUUCAGUAAAUGUUUGAAAAAAAAGUA